AUGCGAGCACCUGGCGGGGAGGCGGCGCCUGUGGCGGCGGCGGCUGAGGUGGCAAGUGCCGGAGUGGGCGAGGAGGAGACGCAGGAGGACGUGGCUCAGCAGGCAGGAGGACUGAACAAAGGAGAGAAAACCAACAAAGAUAACUUUGGUAGCACUGAAUGCGGCAAAAUAAGAACAAUGGAUCUCAAGUUCAACAGCUCCAGGAAAUACAUUUCUAUCACUGUCCCCUCCAAAACCCAAGCAAUGUCACCACACAUCAAGUCUAUAGAUGACAUUGUAGUGCUUGGCAUAAAUCUCAGCAGAUUCAACAAACUGACUCAGUUUUUCAUAUGCGUUGCUGGAGUUUUUGUGUUUUACCUAAUUUAUGGAUAUUUACAGGAAUUAAUAUUUUCAGUGGAGGGUUUUAAGCCCUAUGGCUGGUAUCUUACUUUAGUGCAGUUUGCAUUUUACUCCAUAUUUGGCCUAAUAGAACUUCAGCUAAUUCAGGACAAAAGGAGAAGAAUACCAGGAAAAACCUACAUGAUAAUAGCUUUUCUAACUGUGGGUACUAUGGGGUUAUCAAACACUUCCUUGGGCUACCUGAAUUAUCCUACCCAAGUCAUCUUCAAGUGCUGCAAAUUGAUUCCUGUUAUGCUAGGAGGAGUUUUUAUUCAAGGAAAGCGUUAUAAUGUUGCAGACGUGUCUGCUGCCUUAUGUAUGAGCCUCGGCCUGAUAUGGUUUACCCUAGCCGACAGCACGGUUGCACCAAAUUUCAACCUGACAGGUGUGGUCCUCAUCUCGCUGGCUCUGUGCGCAGAUGCUGUCAUUGGGAAUGUCCAAGAGAAAGUUAUGAAGCUGCAUAAUGCUUCUAAUUCAGAAAUGGUUUUGUAUUCGUAUUCAAUCGGUUUUGUGUACAUUUUAUUGGGAUUGACAUGCACUAGUGGAUUAGGCCCUGCAGUAACAUUUUGUUCAAAGGAUCCAAUUCGGACCUAUGGUUAUGCUUUCCUUUUCUCCCUCACUGGGUAUUUUGGAAUCUCUUUUGUUCUGGCUUUGAUUAAAAUUUUCGGUGCCCUUCUUGCUGUAACAGUGACAACAGGGAGGAAAGCAAUGACCAUUGUUCUUUCAUUUAUAUUCUUUGCCAAACCUUUCACAUUCCAGUAUGUGUGGUCUGGCUUCUUAGUUGUCCUUGGUAUAUUUCUCAAUGUUUACAGCAAAAACAUGGAUAAAAUAAGACUGCCAUCACCAUAUGAUCUGAUAAAGAAGAUGGUGGACCUGCAGAAGUCAGGGACGUUGGCACAGACUGUAUAG